AUGAAAAUCCCUUUGGUGAAUAUAUUAGAGAUGCUUCCAAAUGCUAAAAUGACUGACAAGUCAGAUGGUGUUCAACUACUUCAGAGGAUGAGUCUCAGGGUCCUUCUACGAUCUUCUAGAGCCCUUGGAACCUCAUUCACACCUCCUCCAUGUGCCAGAGCUGAGGCACCACUGAGUGGAAGCCUCAGUCUGACCAUUGCUGCCUCAGGGUGGCUGUGGAAGAACUACCAAUAUGUGCUGGCCUUCCGCUUUGCCAUCCAGGAGAUCAAUAAGGACCCCCAGAUACUCCCCAACCUGACCCUGGGUUUCCAACUCUACAAUUCUGUUACCAGUGGUCAGUUCACCCUGAAGAGCACUCUGCAGUGGCUGACUGGAAAGCAUCAUCUCAUCCCUAACUACACCUGCCAGACACAAGGCAAAACGGUUGCCAUUAUUGCUGGAACCACGUCAGCAUUUUCAGCUGAAAUUGGAACAAUGUUGGAACUGUACAAAACCCCACAGAUCACAUAUGGAACUUUUGAUCCCAUGCUAAGUGAGAGAGACAAGUUUCCAUCACUCUAUCAGAUGGCCAACAGUGACAGCUCUCUGGCCAGUGGAAUGCUCUCCUUGCUGCUACAUUUUGGCUGGAUUUGGGUAGCGAUCUUUGUAUCUAAUGAUAUGAAAGCAGAGCACUUCCUUCAGGAAAUUCAAGCUGAGAUGGUAAAGAAAGGUGUCUGCUUGGCCUAUUCAGUAAAGCUCCCAGACACUAAGUCAAGAUAUGAAGAAACUGAAAUAUCCUUCCUAGAAGGGCUUCAAAUUUCAUCUGCAAAUGUGUAUAUUCUAUAUGGUGAUGUAAGGAGUCUGUAUACCAUGGAGCUGAUUGUUGCAUACUAUUUAACCCUGGGGAAGGUGUGGAUCAUGGCUGAAAAGUGGGAGAUAGUUGUGAAGGAGACAGACCACAUGCUGCACUCCUUCCAUGGAGGAUUCUCAUUUUCACACCACAAGGGGGAAAUUCCUGGCCUCAAAUAUUUUGUCAAGACAGUGGACCCUUCCCAUUACCCAGAAGAUUUCUUCCUUAGUCAACUAUGGCUUCAUGCUUUUCACUGCUUACCUCCUGGGUCACUUUGUGGAACAAUUGGAGUCUGCCCACCAAAUGCUUCCUUUGAGUUUUUCCCAGGGCACAUUGAUAUGCUGACCAUAUCUGACUCCAGCUAUUUCAUCUACAAUGCUGUGUAUGCAGUGGCCCAUGCACUCCAUAAGAUGCUAUCAGAGCAAAUAGAAAAGGGAUCUCCAGGAGAUGCAUCUCAACCUAGGAUUCUUCCAUGGCAGCUUCAUCCACUCCUGAGGAAAAUCCAAUUUACCAACAGUGUUGGGGAGGAUGUUUCCUUCCAUGAAACAAGACACCGUAUGGCACACUAUGAUAUCCACAACAUUGUGAAUUUUCCUGCUGGAUUUCGUUUGCUGAUUAAAAUUGGGGAGUUCUCCUCUGGGAGUGCACAUGAUCAUGGCUUGGUCCUCAAUGAAGAGAUGAUAGAAUGGCCUAUAGCAUUCAAGAAGACUCCACAGUCUUUAUGUAGCCAGAGGUGUGGUCCAGGAUUCAGGAAAAUGCCACAGGAAGGAAGAGCUGUCUGCUGCUACAUUUGUGUUAUUUGUCCAGAGAGAGACAUUUCCAAUCAUACAGAUGCAGAGCAGUGCAUCCCGUGUGCAGAUCACGAGUACCCAAACCUGGAGAGAAACCGCUGCCUCCCCAAGCUGGUGACCUUCUUAGCCUUUGAGGAAUUCCUGGGGAUGGCUCUGGUCUGUGUAGCUCUGUGCUUCUCUGUCCUCACAGCUGCGGUCCUCUGGGUCUUUCUGAAGCACCGAGACACUCCCAUCGUCAAGGCCAAUAACCGGACCCUCAGCUACAUCCUGCUUAUCACCCUCCUCCUGUGCUUCCUCUGCUCCUUACUCUUCAUUGGCCGUCCCAACACAGCCACCUGCUUCCUCCAGCAAAUAACAUUUGGCCUUGUGUUUACAGUGGCUGUUUCCACUGUGCUGGCCAAGACCAUCACGGUGAUUCUGGCCUUCAAGGUUACAAAACCUGGAAGAACUAUCAGGCGAUUGCUGGUAUCAGGAGCUUUUAACUUCAUCAUCCCCAUCUGCUCCUUGAUCCAACUGGCGCUCUGUGGCAUCUGGUUGGGAACUUCUCCUCCAUUUAUUGAGUUAGAUACACACUCUGUGCCUGACCACAUCAUCCUGGUGUGCAAUAAGGGCUCUGUCACUGCUUUCUACUGUGUCCUGGGCUACCUGGGCUCCUUGGCCCUGGCCAGCUUCACUGUGGCUUUCCUAGCCAGGAAUCUGCCUGACACAUUCAAUGAAGCCAAGUUUCUGACUUUCAGCAUGCUGGUGUUCUGCAGUGUCUGGGUGACCUUCCUGCCUGUCUACCAUAGCACCAAGGGGAAGGUCAUGGUGGCUGUGGAGGUCUUCUCCAUCUUGGCCUCCAGUGCAGGGCUCCUGGGCUGCAUCUUUGUCCCCAAGUGCUACAUUAUUCUCAUAAAACCUGAUAAAAAUUCUUUGAAAGCUUUAAAGAACCAACGUAAUUCUAGGGUAACACUUGGCAGGCUUGUAUUUGGGGAAAGAAGAAUUAAAUUUAUCAGCAUGCAGAUGACAGCAAGUGCUGUAAGUAACCCUGUAAUGAAUAAAAAUGACCUUUUCAGGUGGCUGUGGAAGAACUACCAAUACGUGCUGGCCUUCUGCUUUGCCAUCCAGGAGGUCAAUAAGGACCCCCAGCUACUCCCCAACCUGACCCUGGGUUUCCAACUCUACAAUUCUGUUACCAAUGGUCAGUUCACCCUGAGCAGCACUCUGCAGUGGCUGACUGGAAACAUUCAUUUCAUCCCUAACUACACCUGCCAGACACAAGGCAAGACAGUUGCCAUCACUGCUAGAACCACGUCAGCAUUUGCAGCUGAAAUCGGAACAAUGUUGGAGCUGUACAAAUCCCCACAGGUAACAUCUAACACCAGUUGCAGUGGGAGCUGUUCACAUGUGACACGGAGUGAGAGGUGGGAAGACCGAUGUCCUGGUGAUGCUGCAUCCAAAAUCCAUGCUUCCUUCUCCCCACAACUGGAAAUGAAGAUACUUGGAUAUCUUACAUACUUUUAUGCUAUGAAUGAAGAUUUACAUUUCUUCUCCUAA